AUGAAGCUGGUGGUUCUGUUCAUGUUGGUCACCAUCCCCAUUUGCUGCUAUGCCAGUGGUUCUGGCUGCAGUACUGUAGAUGAAGUUAUCGACAAGACAAUUGACCCAUCUGUGUCUGAGGAUGACUAUCUGAUAUUGCUUAGUCCAUAUAUACACACAGAUUCUACUAGAGAUGCUGUCAAGCAAUUCAAAGAAUGUUUUCUAAAACAGGAUAAUGAGACUCUGAAAAAUGCUAAACUGAUGGGGGAUAUAAUAUAUAACAGCGAGAGCUGUCAAGAGUCGUCAUAAACCUCCACAAGAAAUUUGGCUCACAGAACUCCAGGAAACUGGCAAUGGUCACUUAUAUUGAUACUGCAAAUUAUAACUUUUCUUUCUUGAUUCUUUAUUUCUAUCUAUAAAGUGCAAGACAAUUGUUGAAACCUCAUGUGUAUUUCUUUCCAUUUUAUUAAAUUUACUGCAUACAA